AGAUUAAACGGCCCUAGAUUCACUAUCGAUAAAUCAGAUUAGGAAAGCCACUGAAAACGUGAGCAAUGGGAUCAUCAUCCCACGGUUCCAGUUUACUCAACCGUAUGCUUGCGUGUUAUGCCGAUUGCAUCGAAUCCAUUCCCCAAGCAAACACUCAGUGCUCAGAGCGCUACCCUAUUUACCUGGUUACUCCUUUCUAAUUCUGGAACGUUAUUCUCAACAUUGAGGUGAGUAACACACUCUGCAUAACAACAGCAAUAGUAGAAGAAGAAACUGCGCUCAGCAUCAAUGAACACUAGCAAACUCAGUGACACCCAAGUUGUUUCUGUGAAGCAAGAAAGAAAAAUCAACUUAGGAUGGAGAAACAAGAAAACAAAGGUUUUAAAAGAUGUGAUGGAAAGUGAUUUUUGGAGCAAUGUUCCCCAGCGAUUGCGAACAAAGAGGAAGAGUAAAUUCAAUGGCAAGGAAGCACUUUCUACACCCAAGGUAGUGCUUUCUAAAUCGAAGGAAACAAUUUCUAGAUCCAAUAAAGCACUUUCUACACUCAAGGAAGCUCUUUCUAGACCCAAUAAAGCACUUUCUACACCUAAGGAAGUGCUUUCUACACUGAAGGAAGCACUUUCUAGACCCAAAGAAAAGCUAAACAGUGGAGAUUUUGAUAUUUACUUGAAGAAAAUAUGGAAGAUUUUCUCAGGAGAUAGGUUGAGGCACUUUACAUGCUUUGACAGCUUAUGGUUUAGUCUUUACAGGGCCGCUCCAUCUAAAGACAAGGUGCUUACUUGGAUUAAAAAGGAACCUAUUUUCUCCAAGUCAUAUGUUUUUGUUCCUAUAGUCUGCUGGGGUCAUUGGAGCCUUUUGAUCCUGUGCCAUUUUGGUGAAAGCUUGGAAUCAACCACCAAAUCACGAUGCAUGUUGUUGCUGGAUUCUCUUGAAAUGACCAAUCCUAGACGGCUCGAACCCGAGAUUAGAAGAUUUGUAUUAGAUAUUUAUAAAACAGAGGACAGACCUGAGGCUAAGCAUCUUGUAUCUCAAAUUCCUUUUUUGGUGCCCAAGGUGCCACAACAAAGAGAUGGUAAUGAAUGUGGAUUUUUCAUCCUCUAUUUCAUUAAUUUGUUUUUGGAGCAUGCACCUGAUAAUUUUAGCAUGGAGGGAUAUCCUUACUUUAUGAAAAAAGAUUGGUUUAGCUUUGAAGACCUGGAUAGAUUUUAUGAGAGACUUGAUUCACUGAAUUAGAUGUCCCCAAACUUGACCAGACUAGUGAUUAGAUCUAACAUACUUUAUUGUCAACUGAUUAUAUUGCAUAGGAUAAUAAGAGGCAGGCGAAAAAUAUAAAAAUAGUGUUAGGGAUGUUUCAUAUUUUGAUUCUAGUAGAGGGUACUCUCUUCUAUGGAUGUAGUUCAACUCUAUUGGAAUUAUAUUCUGCUCUGGAAUUGAUGUUUACACCACUAAUUUGCUUCUAUUUGUACAGUUGUUAAAUCUUGUUCAAAUUCAUAAAACCGGUAUUUUUGUUAGCUUA